UGUACUUUGUAAAUUUUGAAGGUUUCAGAGAUGAAAGCCGAGUAUUUUCCUCCCAAAGAGGAUGUGAUCUUACAGAAUGAAGCACCGACAGACUUCUACAUACUUGUUAAUGGAGCUGUGGAUUUGCGUGUCUUCAAAAAUGGGGCUGAACAGGUCAUUGGAGAGGCUACAACUGGUGAUCUAUGCGGUGAGAUUGGUGUGCUUUGUUAUAGGCCACAGCUCUUUACAGUGCGGACCAAAAGGUUGAGCCAGUUACUACGAAUGAAUCGUACCACAUUCAUGAACAUUGUCCAGGCCAAUGUUGGAGAUGGAGCCAUAAUCAUGAAUAAUCUCCUUCAGCAUUUGAAAGAAGCGAAGGACCCGAUUAUGGAGGAAGUUUUGCUCGAGACAGAGAACAUGCUUGCUCGUGGUAGAAUGGACCUACCGCUCAGCCUAUGUUUUGCUGCACUUAGGGGAGAUGACUUAUUGUUGCAUCAAUUGUUGAAACGGGGUCUGGAUCCAAAUGAAUCUGACAACAAUGGGAGGACAGCAUUGCACAUAGCAGCAUCUAAAGGAUGCGAGAAUUGUGUGCUUCUCCUACUAGAUUAUGGAGCAAACCCUAAUAGUAGAGAUUCAGAUGGCAAUGUACCGCUAUGGGAGGCCAUGAUGGCUAAUCAUAAACAUGUGGUCAAGAUACUGACGGAUAAUGGUGCCACCAUAUCUUCCGGUGACGUAGGUCAAUUUUCUUGCACCGCCGCCGAGCAAAACAACUUAGACUUGCUCAAGGAAAUCGUUAGUCAUGGAGGGGAUGUCACGCUUCUCAACAGCAACAGAUCUAAUACCGCACUUCAUGUUGCGGUUAGUGAAGCAAACACCGAUAUAGUCAAAUUCCUUUUGGACCAAGGAGCUGAUAUUGACCAAAUGAACAGCCAUGGAUGGACCCCUAGGGAUCUAGCUGACCAACAAGGACAUGAUGACAUAAAAGUCCUUUUCCAAUCCACCAAGGAGGCCAAAACGCAAACCACGGUCCCAAUCCUGGAACCACGGGGUGAAAUGCAGUUCCUUGGGAGAUUUACAAGUGAACCGACAAUCCGUCCUAUGAUGGGGAGAUUUACAAGUGAACCGACAAUCUGUCCCAUGAUGCCCCGGGAAGGUGCAGUGGGGUCCCCAACAGGAGACAGGUCAUGGAAUCAAUCUCGCCAGAGACGUAGAACUAACAACUUUCAUAACUCCUUAUUUGGGAUCAUGUCAGCGGCCAGCGGUGGUGGCAGUGGUGGUGGACCCAAUGCCUUGCUUUUAUCUAUAAAUCAGACAAAAUGUGCUGAGCCAGGAAAAGAUUAUCCAGCAAGAGUGACGGUUAGUUGGCCGGAGAAGGGUGAUGAUAAGGGAAAGCUUGUUCUGCUUCCACAGAGUUUGCAAGAACUACUUGAGAUUGGUGCUAAAAGAUUUGGAUUCUCUCCCACUAAGGUUCUAACCAAAGAUGGAGCGGAAAUCGAUGAUAUACAGGUGAUUAGGGAUGGUGAUCAUCUUAAAUUUGCUAGUGAUGGAGAAUUGGAAGAAUAUAAUCUUCAAGAUGAUGGGGCUUUGAGGUAAUAUUGGUGUAAUGGGUAAUCCCAGUUUUUUUGUUUUUGUUUUUGGGUAUACAAAAAGAAAUGCUGAAUCUGAUUUAUUGUAAAGUUGUGGGUUUGUCCUGGACCAAAAGAUGGUGAUGGGUCAUCCUACUGUUUGCUGAGAUUUUUUUUGUUAGUUUUGAACUUCAGCAUUGGUUGAUUGAAGACAGUGAUGAGAGUGAGAGAGAGAGAAAGAGAGAGAGAGAGAGAGAGUAAAUAGCUUGCUUCAAAAAGCAUUGAUUGUUGUUCUAUCGAGAGUACAAGAAACCCUCGUUCCUUGAUCAAAUUUAACAAUGUCAACUGUCUAAAGUGAUAGUAUGUACUUUCAUUCUUAGUGAGCCCUUUAAUUAUCUGAUUCUUUU